UGAAAAACAGCUGUAGGUAUAUUCAUAAUUUUGCAAAGAAAAUUGAUUUUUAAAGUGAUUUUAAAAGCAUUCUUAAAUAAUGAAAAAACUCUUUGUUAUUUUAGUUAUAUUCGCUGUUAUUAUAAAAUUCAGCUAUUCUUCCACGGAGACUCCAGAUGAUGAGGAAGAUUACGAUGACGAGGCAGAUGAUGACUCUAAAACUUACAGUUUCAAAAAUCCUAGAAAUCUUCCCUCUCCGGAUUGUCCAAGGGAUGAAGAACAAGCAACAUUAUUAGGACAAAAGUGUUUGAGAAAAUGUUCAUCUGAUGAAGAUUGUAAAAGUAGAAAGAAAAAAUGCUUAUGUGAUGGGGCAUGUGGAAAAUCAUGCAUUAAACCAGACAGAGAAUGUCCGGAUCUCCAGCAGCCUCAACUAGGCAGUGUUACACUUUCAGGUAAAACUUUUGGUUCAAGAGCAACAUACACCUGUCCCCAUGGAUAUCAUGUUGUUGGAUUACAAAGUAGACUUUGUCAGGCAGAUGGAAAUUGGGCAGGAACAGAACCUGCCUGUAAACAAAACAUUUAUUGCUUGGCUCCACCAACCAUCGAGCAUGCUCGUCAUUCUGCUCUUCCUGAACAAGCUACUUUUGACCUAGACUCAACAGUACAGUAUCAUUGUCAUCUUGGGUAUUCUACUGCGGGAUUUCCCAGGGCCAAAUGUUUGGCUAUCGAUGGUCAAGCUAGUUGGUAUGGCCCUGACAUUUCAUGUGAACCUAGAUCUUGUGGACAACCCACUGAUCCUUUGAAUGGGUGGCACGCUGGAGAAUGCUAUACUUAUGGAUGUAGAAUUACUUAUCAUUGCGGAGAAGGAUAUGAGCUUGUAGGAAAGCAGGAAAAAUUUUGUCAAGCUGAUGGAGCUUGGACUCCUAAGGAACUACCAACAUGUGUUCUCGUUACUGCAGUUCAAUGUCCUCCUCCUGAGAAUCCUAAAAAUGGUAAAGCAAUUUAUACUAGUUGUUCAUACAAUUCAGUUGUGAGCUACGAGUGUAAGUAUGGGUUCACACUGGUAGGAGAAAGUUCAAGAAGAUGUGGAGCGGAUAAAAAAUGGAGUGGUCAGACACCAUUGUGCAAAGAAAUAAACUGUGGACAUCCCGGAAUUCUGUUUAAUGGUUGGCUUGAGAACAUAGAUUCAGGAACAGGACUAGGAGCCAGUGUUAUUUUUAGAUGUCAUCCAGGGAUGCUAUUAGUAGGAAACAGCUCAACUGUAUGUCAAAUAGAUGGAAAAUGGCGAUAUCCUUUGCCUCACUGUUUAGCUCCAUGCGUUGUUCCAUCGGUUUCACAAGGAACUGUCAUUCCAAUUGAAAUUGAAACAGAAACAAAUAAUAUUAGCACAACAACAGGCGGAUACUCUCUCAGUAGUAAAGUUCGUCAUGGUACCAGCUUGGAAGUUUUAUGCAAUGAGAACUAUGAAUUUCCUCUAUCAAGCCAAUCACCUCCUACUUGUUACAAUGGUACAUGGAGUAUUAUUCCAAAAUGUGUUCCAGCGAAAUGUAAAACUAUGCCGAAAACCCCUAAGUUUGGCAUAGUUUUGGCAGCUAAAACAGAACAUGGAAUGCGUGCCGUGUUCAAAUGCAAAGAUGGAUUCAUUUUAAAAUAUCCAAAUGGAACAGAUAUAAAUGACACAACAACGUACGCGCUAACAUGUUCAUUCGGAAAUUGGACAGGCGAGACACCCUAUUGUCAAGAAGUGUACUGCCAGUUUCCAGGAUACAUAGAUCAUGGAAAGGUUUUGUUAGUAGGAAACAUGGGAUUGUAUGAUUAUCGACCAUAUGUUAAAAAGGUAAUAAAUAAUAAGCAAAUCAUGUACGACUGUGAUAAAGGAUAUGUUCUUGAGGAAGGUCCUCCAGGAGCGACCUGCAUAGGAGGAAGAUGGAGUCCAAGGGAGCUUCCAAAGUGCUUGCUUGGUCAGCAUCCUAGAAUACGGUGGAAUAGAAAACGUCGAUCUACAGAUAUAAAAUUUGUAAAAAUUCGUUCAAAGCUUUUACUCCAACAAUAUCGAAUAUCGCUGGUCAAAUAUAUGAAAAGAAUAAAAAGACAAGCUGAACUAAUGUCUACUGAUGGAGACGAAACUGACGUUGCAAACAUGAAUAAUGAAGAGCGAAAACAAAAAAACAAACUUCCAUGUGAAUCUCUGCCAAAAGGAAUCAAAUACGAAAUCUUAAAGGCUAGUAAGGAUUCAAAAGCUAUGUUCGGUGCAGGUAUAGUGCUAAAAAUAAUAUGCGAGCAACCAUUUAUUUCAUCUCUAACAUCACAUAAUAAUACUGUAAAAUGUAUAAAAGGACAGUGGAGACCAGAUCUUCCAAGAUGUAUCUCAUUACCAUGCAUUUUGCCAACUUCAGAGCAUGGGAAGUAUUUAAAAAAUACUCCUUCUUUAAACAUAACUAAUGACAUAGGACUACAAUCAUCAACUGAAGUACAAAAUGAAGAAAUAGUAAAGUUUGCAUGUGAAUUUGGUUAUAAUAUACAAGGUCCAAGUACCUUAAAGUGUCACAAUGGAAAGUGGAUUCCUACAUCAUUUCCCGAAUGCCUACCAUCACCUUGUGUUUUACCAAAUAUUCCACAAGCUGUAUAUCAGGGUGGUUAUCGUGCAGGUCUUACUAUAGCUCAUAGUAGCUCUGUUGAAAUUCAAUGUGAAACAAGUUCUGGAGUACGAUCAUCUAAGCAACUAGAUUGUUUAUUGGGGAAACUGAUUCCAGAAAAUAUCAAGUGUGAAAAUUUGUUUAACGAAUCAAAUAAUAUUGUUUCUGAUCCAUCGGUCAAUAAUAAUGUCUCCAUUAUACAAACUACAAGCUGCAAGUCUCCUCAGAAAUUUGACGAAUAUCUUAACUACAAACAUGACACAUUAACAUCAGGUCUAGGGUUCCCUGAAGGAUCAGAAAUACUUUUUUCAUGUAUACCAAGUGUAACUGGUGAAACGAAAACAUGGAAAAUAGUAUGUGAAGCUGGAAUUUGGGUUGGUAGAGCUGUACCUUGUGAAACGGAUGAAGAUGGUUUUUCAAAUGUACCUCUGAUAAAUGGUUCAUGCAUAUUUAGAAACAAUGAUCCACACGUCAUAAGUUUUUAUAAUGAUUUGGAAAUAAGAGAAGAAUAUGUAGAAUUUCCACCAGACUCUUCAAUAGUUUCUCGAUGUAUUGAUAUCGGAAAGUACUCUAUGAUUGGAUCAACCGAAAGAAAAUGUAUAAAGUCGAAAUGGACUGGGAGUAGACCACAUUGCUUUGGACUAAAUCAAGAAAAUGACUAUGCAAUGGAAAAAGCUCCAACAAUACUAUUCCGUCAUCAGAAUGGUCCAAUUGCUCAAAGUAAUGACGGAAAACUAAUUGUCUAUCCCGGAGCGACUGUACACAUGGAAUGUUUAUGGAUGCGACGCUUUGGUAAUCCUAAGUGGAAUGUUAGCCAUGAAUAUAGAAAGUAUCCAGAAGGUUGGACCGAUGAAGAAGGAAGAGAUCCUCAACUCGAAUACCGUCUUAGCAUUUUACAUGCAGUUAAAGAAGAUAGUGGUAUUUAUACAUGUUCAACUCCUGCUAGACAUACACAUUCUAUAGAAGUUGUGGUCAAAGCGAUACAUUGUGCCCCCCUAAUAUCUAGACGAGGAUUAGCUUUAAGUUCGUCUGAUACCAUGAUGAAUGCGAGAAUUACAUUCCGAUGUACUAACGGGAACGCACUUAUUGGUGCUCAUGAAACGGUUUGCUUACCAAGUGGAAAUUGGAGUUCACCACUACCUGUAUGCGAAAGUGUAGAGUGUGGAGAUGUACCACUUCUACCAUCAAUCAAUGGGACAAAUCCUAGGGUAACUGUUUUAUCAAGAGAAGUUGGUGGAAGAGCAGCGUUUUCCUGUCCGAUCGGAUAUGGAAUUCGUGGACCCUCUGAAUCAAUAUGUUUAGGCAGUAGUGAGUGGAGCACUCCUUUUCCAACGUGUGUAGAAGUUCAAUGUCAACACCCUGGUGCUCCACAAAAUGGAUAUGCUCAGGGUUCCCCGCCUUAUAGAGCAGGCGACGUAGUACAAUUCAAUUGUAAUCCAGAAUUUAUGAUGGAAGGUCAACCCAUUAUAGCAUGUCAGGACAAUGGUCGCUGGUCUGGUGGGCUUCCUAAAUGUAUCCAAGCAUGUAGUUAUCCGGGUACAGCUAUAAGCGGUAGAAUGUCAAUCGUUAAAUUUUACUACAAUGUUGGAGAAAUCAUAACUUUUUCUUGCGAUGCUGGCUUGGAGCUUCGUGGUACAAAAAUGAUAAGAUGUUUGAAAAAUGGAAAAUGGUCGAACGCAAUACCAACAUGUGUACCACAACCUUUAUCAGUGACUUCUGAUGUUAUGACACUUUAAUGAAUUUCAAAAUACUUUUCUAUCUAUAAAAUUUAAUUUUAUUCAAAUGGUAUUAGGUGUUUGUUUAAUUUGAAAG